AUGGUCUUCCAUUUUCAACGACGACGCUCAAAGUCCGCCGGAGCAGUCGACUCCUCUCCCUCCCCAUCGCGACCGGCAGAGCCAAUUCCUCCCGUCCCAGCUCUUCCAUCGGCGAUGCUUACUACCAACAAAGAACGCUCAAAGACUAACAAACUCGUCCGAGGCAUGGUGAGAAGAGUCAAGAGUGGUGGUUUGCAUCGAAAGGAAUCUUCAUCGACUCGGGGGCAGCCACAGCUUGACAAGUCCGUCGAUCCUGCGCGCGGUGCGACCCCUAAUCGUCGGUCCAAGAUCUCCACGUCUGUGCCAAUUCCGUCAAUCCCACCCAUUCGUCUGGACCUUUCCCUGAGUGAGUCCCAUUCCUGGCGUAGAGACUAUCCGAGACGAUGCUCACCUUCACCUGCUAUCACUUCGUUGCAGCAUCCUCCAGUCUCCACUCGCUCGGUCCCCCCACCUCACCCCACCUCGACGACGAGUUCGCAUCUUGGCUCGAACUCGUCCAAGCCGCCGGUGAUUCAGCAAGCGAUUCGACGUGUGAAACGAGUUGUCCUUCCACGCCUUCCUACACCAACACCAGCACUUCGUCAUGUUCAGCCGCGUCGAGCGUUUCGCACGCGUCGUACAAGGGUACUACUACCGUCAAGCUGGCUUCACCUCCUCUCACUCGGUCUCGCGCAGUUCUUCCGAGUGAUCCCCGGUUCCCCAUCAGGCCAGAACUGGCUCAAUACUCGCGAGGUUCGUCACUUGACCCCAACACGUCCAACAAAAAUCGCGUUACCGAGGUCGACGCUGAGGAUGCCGCCAUCUACGGUCUUGACGUCGCCCCACCUUUCCCGGUCACAACCUACUCCCGACGGCAAUCAACCACACCGACACCCGAAUCAACCAUCCACUCCAAUUCGUACCCGAUUAAUCCGAAAGACCGUCUCGGACUCGGUCCAAGAGGCGUUGACGUUCUAGACUACACCGUCCUGCGACUCUCAUCCUCCUUCCCUCGUUCGGUGCCCAUCCCUUCCCGACUUACUCGAACGUUGCAUCAUCCUCUCUCGACAAACAAGCAUCGUCAUAUUCGAGAAAAAGGACCAGAAAUGGAUAUGCGCGUUGUCUUGGGUCGUGUUGGGAUAGCAAGGAAAGCUCAACGAGGGGCGACUGCGCAUGAGCGGAUCGAAGUGGAGGGUUAUGGCUCUGUGGCAGGGAACGAGGAUGACGUCGUUCCUUUGACUGGGGCGAGGUCAAUCGCUAUCUCACUCCAACAAGUCCUAGGUCCACUCGUUGAUACUCUUCCUAGAUCGACGAUCGAGGAGGUACCCCUGACUACCGCAAAAACACGCUCGAUGCGCAGUACCUCCCUUCCUGCCACUCCCCAACGAAUUCAGCAAUGGGCCACUCGACCUUCUUUCAUGGAUUCGCAUGUCGAAAUGCUCUUGUACUCCGACAACAUUGUUCUCAAUCGACCGAUCGAAUCUCGAUUGAGAUCCCCGCCCCUUUUCAUGAGUGGUCGAAUCCAAACGCUCGCCAAAAUCGGUGGACCCCCUGCUUCCUCGCGAGGAUUCACCGAAUCGAUUACGCCUUUUUCAAAGAUGUACUACCGGCCCCAGUACCGUCUUCCAGGCCCCAUUGGGAUCGGAGGCGUACAAACUGGUCUGAAAGAGCGGCCUUCGAGUUACAUGUCCGCUCAUCCGGCGUCAAUAGGUCCCAGUCCAAGAAACUCGACACGGCGAGAGAAGGAGCAAAAGGAAGAUGACACUCCUUUGGCAUUGUUGGUCACUCGGUCGAUGUGAGUUCGGAUACAAGUCUGCUCGGAAGGGAUUCAGCGUCCUGAAGCUACGCUUUAGACGGAACAGCUCCUCCAGAAGGUUCACCGCACCCCCUAUGCUCGUUCCAAGAAGCAUUGAACCACCCCAACGUCCACCACGACGACGACCCGUCACCCAAUUUGUACCCAAGACCCCACUCGCAGAAGACCCUUCCUCUCCAAGGCCGUGUCUACCCGAAUGGAAGAGGAGGGAAGAGAUCGAACAAAGUCUCGCCAAACUUAACGGUUCGCCUCCGAGACGAGCGAGUGGGGUGCGUGGUAGCCCGCGGCUUUCGGCUCAGAGAGCACCGAUCGGGAAUACACACAAUAUUUCCUCUUUCCAUCCGGGUAAGGGACUGGUUCAUUCGACGAAUACACAACCCAAUCUACGUCCACUUUCAAUUGGUCCAUUGCGGAGUCCGGAUCCUGGCCUAUCAGCCCUCGGACCGACCUUCCAUCCUCUGCCCCACCAAGCUCGCCAGCCAACCUACUUGCAUCCAAGUUCUUCUCUCCCGCCUACACCAAAUCAAACUCCGCUCUUCCUCCCCAUCAAAACAACGCACCUCUCGCACGACCUCUCGUCGCCCAAUCUACCCCCACUCGCUCGCUCUCCAUCUUCCCCGCCAGUCAACGCGAAUUCCGCAGUGGAACCAACAACUCGGCCAAGCCGACCGAUUCGAGCCCCGACGCGACCUGUGUUGAAUUCUGUUUCCACAUCGGGGAGUCCAUUGAGGGAUGGGAAGCGCAAGUCAUAUGAAAUAGGCUCAAGGAUGGUACAGGGAAAUGUCGUACUUUCACCGAGGUUGACGGCUGCGAGGAGGGUCUCGGAGAUGAGAUGGUAG